UUUUGUUUUGAUUACACUGGCUUUUGAACCAAUCCAACAACUCUACGUCGUUUUCAUUUGUGACAGCAAUAAAAAUAAUGGUGAAUUAUAUCGAGCUACAAAGUGAUCUGCUGCAGAAAGCAAACGCUAAUGCAGAGGCGCAAAGGCUAAGAAGGCGCGUGCUAAUGGUCCGUUACAUUCUGGUGUUUGCAAUUGUCAUAUUUAUAUGCAUCAGCGUACUUCCUCUUUGUUUUCCAACGAUUAAUCAAAAUGUUGGGCAACAACAACAACAACAACGGCAAAGGCAACAAAAACAACGUCUUGUUUGCUAUUAUUCGACUUCAGGAUUCGAUAAAUUGAACCUGUUGGAUGUUCCCGGGGAUUUGUGCACGCACAUCAAUAUUGGAAUUGCCAACUUGAUCAACAGGACGCUGCAUUUGUCGCCGCGCCUUGAACAAGUGCUGCAGAAUGAGACUCGCCUAUUUCGUGCCGCCCAUCCGCAGGUGCAUCUAUUGCUCUGGAUUGGCGGGGCCGACACUGGGCCUCAGUUUGCCGAUAUGGUCGUGAAUCAUGAACGCCGCAAACAAUUCUUGCGCUCACUAAGAGCCGUGCUACACAAAUAUCCCAGCUUGGAUGGCAUCGAUCUGGAUUGGGAGUUUCCGAGCGCCUAUAACAAGGAACGUGUCCACUUCUCCCAGUUGCUGCACGAAAUUCGGCUGGAAUGGCGCCGUGAACAACGCACCAACAAUCUGCUCACCAUGGCCGUGGCAGCGCCCGAAGGCAUCGCAUUCUUUGCCUACAACAUACGCGAAAUCAAUCUUUACGUGGACUAUGUGAAUCUGAUGACCUAUGAUUUUCAUUUCUAUCGCGAGGACACGCCCUUCACCGGCCUAAAUGCGCCGCUCUUUGCCCGUCCCAUGGAGCAUUCCAUCAUGGGUACCUUCAACAUCAAUUACACCGUGCACUGGUGGUUGCAAAAUGGAUUGGAACCCAAGCGUUUGGUCAUCGGCCUGCCCACCUAUGGACAUUCCUUUACGCUUGUAAAUCCAUUAAACGCGCGCAUAGGAGCACCUGCCUCGGGCUUUGGCAAGUGUGGCCGAUUAGGAUUCACCACGCUCUCGGAGACCUGCGAGUGCGCCAAAAGUUACAUGUCGCCAAACUACACAUACGACAAUUACACCUGUUCUCCCUAUCUGAAUUCGCUGCAGGAAUGGAUAUCAUAUGAGAGCACAAAGAGCAUUGCAUGCAAAGCAAGCUAUGUCAAAUCCUUGAACGUGGGCGGUCUAAUGAUCUUCUCCCUGAACACGGAUGAUUUGAACAACAAUUGUGGUUAUAUGACGCGCAGUACCGGAAAUGUUGCUAAGCCUGUUUUUCCACUAGCCAAGGCUGCCAAUACAAUCCUAACAGGAUCCUGAAAAUUGGUGAUAAGAAAGGUUAUUAAGUUGUGGGUGCCAACUAGGAAACUGUUUUAAUGUAUUAUAGCUAUAUUCAGAAUCGUUUAACGAUACUUUCCGCACCUUAUACGACGUUUGUUUUUAUGUGUGUUGAUAUGAUAAGUAGAUCAAAUGUUAUUUAUACUAUAUAUGUAUGUUUUUUUUUUUUUUUGAUCUCAAUAAGAACAUUCAUUAUAAUAGCUUUGUUGAGACUAUUAUAAUGAUGUCAUAUAUGUGUGUUAGCAGCAAAGUUGAUAUAACCAUGUGUUUUUAAAGUAUAUCAAAACUAUAUCAUAUAUAUACUCUAGGCUAAGUAUAUAAAUAUAUCGUUACUUUACAAGGCUAUUUAAUCUUCGGCACACCAAAGAUCGCAGCUUUAUCUUGUUUUCAAAUACCUCGAUUGCGCGGCUAAAACGUACCGAAAAAAAAAAACUUAUAUUAUAAGCAAUUAUCUAAGAAUUAUUUCUUUAAUAUCUAUAUGCAUAAGUAUAAAUAAAAAUUAUCACAAUCGAUCCAUAUUCAUAAUA